AUGCGAACAUUUCCUAUUUUCCAUCUUCGUAAUGUAGCAUGGACAGUUUCUACCAUUUCUCAUAGAAAUGCUGCACUGCUACAAACAUCCAUACAAAAGCACAGAAAUUACUUCUUUACAUCACGAAAGAUGGACUCCUGGCCUAGUAACAGAAGGAACUUGUGCAUGGCAGCGCUGACCCAGCAAGAAGCAGAGCCUCUAGCAAAAAAAGAAGAGCGUCUGCUAUAUCGAAUUUAUGAGGGUUUGGUGGAAGGGCAUCGAGCUUGCUUGGCAGAAGCCAUAACACUGGUAGAGUCUACACAUAUGAGGAAAAGGCAAAUUGCUCAAGUACUGCUGCAGAAGGUACUAACUCAUCACCGAGAAAAGGAGCGCUCAAAUAACGGAAAACCUCUAGCGUUUAGAAUAGGCCUGUCUGGUCCCCCAGGAGCUGGAAAAUCAACAUUUAUUGAAUUUUUUGGGAAAAUGCUUACUGAGCAGGGACACAAAGUUGCAGUAUUGGCUGUUGAUCCAUCAUCUAGCACCAGUGGUGGCUCUCUUCUUGGUGAUAAAAACACGAAUGCAGGAGCUUUCUAGAGAUAUGAAUGCUUACAUUCGACCUUCUCCCACCAGGGGGACACUGGGAGGGGUGACAAGAACAACUAAUGAAGCUAUUUUACUCUGUGAAAGUGGUGGUUAUAAUAUCGUACUUGUGGAGACUGUAGGUGUAGGACAGUCUGAAUUUGCAGUGGCUGACAUGGUUGACAUGUUUGUACUGUUGCUGCCACCAGCAGGAGGUGAUGAAUUGCAGGGCAUUAAAAGGGGCAUCGUUGAAAUGGCAGACCUGGUCGUGAUAACAAAAGCUGAUGGGAAUUUGCUAAUACCAGCAAGAAAGAUUCAAGCAGAGUAUGUUAGUGCUUUGAAGUUGCUCAGAAAACGUUGUAAAAUCUGGAAGCCUGAGGUUGUUCGUAUCUCUGCUAAGACUGGAGAAGGCAUUCCAGAACUGUGGAAGAAAAUGACAGACUUUCAGAGCACCAUGCUGGAAAGCACAGAACUGCUAACCAGGCGCAGGGCUCAGCAAAAGGUGUGGAUGUGGAACUUAAUUCAGGAGAACGUUCUCUUACAUUUUAAGAACCAUCCUGCUGUUAAACAUAAGCUACCUCUCCUGGAAGGGCAGGUCCUCACUGGUGUCCUGUCACCCAGCCUGGCAGCAGAUAUAUUACUAAAAGCUUUCUCUGAAAGCAGUUAA